CUGCUGGACUCGCGCUCUGUAAUGGGUGACCUUGGCUGGAUCGCGUACCCGAAGAACGGGUGGGAAGAAAUUGGAGAGGUGGAUGAAAACUACGCCCCUAUCCACACCUACCAGGUGUGCAGAGUGAUGGAGCACAACCAGAACAACUGGCUUCAGACCAACUGGAUCCUAAAUGAAGGUGCACAGCGAAUCUUUGUGGAGCUGAAGUUCACCCUGAGGGACUGUAACAGCCUGCCUGGUGGUGUGGGCACCUGCAAAGAGACCUUUAACAUGUACUACCAUGAGUCCAACGAUGAGGAUGACAGGAACAUCCGUGAGAGCCAGUACAACAAAAUCGACACCAUUGCAGCAGAUGAGAGCUUCACAGAGCUGGAUUUGGGAGACAGGGUCAUGAAACUCAACACGGAAGUGCGAGAUGUCGGACCUCUCACCAAGAAAGGCUUCUAUUUGGCCUUCCAGGAUCUGGGCGCCUGUAUCGCCCUCGUAUCUGUGCGGGUCUUUUACAAAAAGUGUCCCCAAGUGGUGAAGAACUUGGCAGUCUUUCCAGAUACCAUCACCGGGUCAGACUCCUCGCAGCUCCUAGAGGUGUCGGGGACCUGCGUGAAUAACUCCACGGCCGAGGACCUUCCCAGAAUGCACUGCAGUGCCGAAGGGGAGUGGCUGGUGCCCAUCGGGAGGUGCAUGUGCCAGGCAGGCCAUGAGGAAGUUAAUGGCUCCUGUCAAGUGUGUAAGCCCGGGUUCUACAGAUCAGCAUUGCAGACACGAUCAUGCAGUAAGUGUCCUCCUCACAGCUUCACCAAAACUGAGGGUUCCACUUCAUGCCAGUGUGACCAGGGCUAUUACAAGAAGGACACGGACCCCACCAACAUGGCCUGCACAAAGCCUCCUUCAGCCCCGCGCAGUGCCAUUUCAAACGUAAAUGAGACGAGUGUGUUGCUGGAAUGGAGUGCUCCAGAUGAGAUGGGAGGCAGGAAGGACAUCACCUACAGCGUGCUCUGCAGGAAACUGAGUGUCGAGUCUAAGCAGCAUGAGCCGUGUGGCAGUCACGUCCGUUACUUACCCCAGCGCACAGGCCUCAGCAAUACCUCGGUCAUGGUACUGGACCUGCUCGCCCACACCAACUACACCUUUGAGGUGGAGGCUGUGAACGGCGUGUCUGAACUAACCAAACCGCUGCGGCAGUACGUCACACUCAACGUUACAACCAACCAAGCUGCUCCAUCACCGAUCACUUUGGUAAAAAGAGGAAAGACGGCAAAGAACAGCAUCUCUAUAUCGUGGCAGGAACCAGACCGGCCUAACGGCAUCAUCCUGGAGUAUGAGAUCAAGUAUUUUGAGAAGGAUCAGGAGAGCAGCUACACUAUUAUCAAGUCGAAGGAGACAGAGGUUGUGGUGGAUGGUCUGAAACCGUCCUCAGUGUACAUCUUUCAGAUCAGAGCUCGCACCUCUGCAGGCUACGGUGGCUUCAGUCGACGCUUCGAGUUUGAAACCAGCCCCUACUCUAUGUCUGCAUCUAGAGAUCAGGGCCGGGUUCCUGUCAUUGCCGUAGCUGUUACACUGGGCAUCAUCUUGCUGGCACUGGUCACUGGCUUCCUGCUUAGCGGCAGACGCUGUGGCUACAGUAAAGCUAAACAAGAUCCAGACGAAGAAAAGAUGCACUUCCACAAUGGCCACAUUAAAUUCCCAGGUGUUCGUACAUAUAUUGAUCCUCAUACCUAUGAAGAUCCCAACCAAGCCAUCCACGAGUUUGCCAAGGAGAUUGAUGUGUCUUGCAUUACAAUCGAGCGGGUGAUAGGAGCCGGUGAGUUUGGAGAGGUGUGCAGUGGUCCGCUAAGGCUGCAGGGGAAAAGAGAGAUCAUGGUGGCCAUUAAGACACUGAAAGCAGGCUACACAGAAAAACAGAGGAGAGACUUUCUGGCUGAAGCAAGCAUCAUGGGCCAGUUUGAUCACCCCAACAUCAUUCACCUGGAGGGCGUGGUCACUAAGAGCAAGCCAGUGAUGAUUUUAACUGAGUACAUGGAGAACGGAUCCCUUGAUACGUUUUUAAAGAAGAAUGAUGGGCAGUUUACAGUUAUCCAGCUGGUUGGCAUGCUGCGCGGCAUCGCCUCGGGCAUGCGCUACCUCUCGGACAUGGGCUACGUCCAUCGCGACCUGGCCGCCCGCAACAUCUUGGUCAACAGCAACCUGGUGUGUAAGGUGUCUGACUUUGGCCUGUCUCGAGUGCUGGAGGAUGACCCAGAGGCGGCCUACACCACCCGGGGAGGAAAGAUUCCAAUCAGGUGGACGGCACCAGAGGCGAUCUCUUACAGAAAGUUCACCUCAGCCAGCGACAUGUGGAGCUACGGAAUUGUCAUGUGGGAGGUGAUGUCAUACGGUGAAAGACCGUACUGGGAGAUGAGCAAUCAAGAUGUGAUAAAAGCUGUAGACGAGGGCUACAGACUACCAGGCCCGAUGGACUGCCCCGCUGCUCUCUACCAUCUGAUGAUGGACUGCUGGCAGAAGGAAAGAAACAGUCGACCCAAGUUUGAAGAAAUAGUAAAUCUACUGGACAAGCUGAUCCGUAACCCAAGCAGCCUGAAGAGCCUCGUCAACUCCUCCAACAGGGUGUCCAAUUUAUUAGUGGAGCAUGGCAGCGCGGAGCUCUGUGCGUUCAGCUCUGUGGGGGAAUGGUUAGAUGCCAUAAAAAUGGGUCGAUACACCGAGCUUUUCAUGGAAAGUGGAUACACUUCACAGGAUGUAGUCACUCAGAUGACCUUGGAAGAUCUGAAGCAGGUCGGAGUCAUUCUGGCUGGGCACCAGAAGAAGAUCCUCAACAGUAUCCAGGAGAUGCGAGUACAGGUGAUGAAUUCCACCAUUCCUGUCUGA